AGGAGUGCAGGGAUGGACCAGUUUGUCCGGUUUGCUCCCUCAGGUGUUCUGUUGUCUCAGUGUAUUUCUGAACUGACUGAAAUGACAGUUUCUCAGUGCAGACAUCAGGUGUGACUGGACGAACGACUCAGAGAUCUCUAAACACACAGACGCCAUCAUGUCUUCCACAAUGAUCAUUAGUCAGCCUCAGCCUGUGAUGGUGUCCCAGACGUCCAACGAGUGGGGAUCUGGGAUAUGUGACUGCUUUCAAGAUGUGCCUGAGUGCUGUUUUGCUUACUGGUGCUGUCCCUGCUUCGCCUGUAAAAUCUCCAGGGACUAUGGUGAACCUCUCUGUCUCCCCCUGCUGGAGAUUUUCGGAGGUAUCAUCCCACCCAUCACCAUGUCCAUGAGAGUCUCCAUGCGACAUCGUUACGGCAUCAAAGGCAACCUGUGCACUGACUGCGUAUAUUCAACCUUCUGCACCUCCUGCACCUGGUGCCAGAUGUCCAGGGAGAUGAAGAAAAGAAACAUCCAGGUCGUUCUGGUCAGCGCCAAAAACUCAUGACCUCUUUCUCAUCAUUGCCCAGAGUGGAGUUAAGGGGGUGUUUUUACUGCCUUUUUACACUGUAGACUGAAGCCCUUUGAAAAGCACUAGUGAUACGAAGCCUGAAGGGCUGACUGAAAAACACUAAUCAUAUAUUUCUGCCUGCAAUACUUAGCUAAAAAUUAUUAAUAAGAAUUAUUAAAGCUCUUGCUGCAAAAAAUAAUGAAAACAAGUUGGUUAUAAUUCUUUGAACGUCUGUUGUAUGUAUUUGUACUUUGUUUAAAAGAUAUGUUCAUGUUUUUCUAAGUCAAUCUCAACACAGUACUCAUUGACACACCCCACUGUUCUUGUUAAUGUUAUGUCUUACUCGUAUCCAGUGGUAUCUGUUGCAAAAACUCAGCUCUCACAAACAAGAAAAAAAGUUAAUAUAUUGAGAAUAUAUUACUUAAGGAAAUUAUCUGCCAACAAAACAGGAAAAUUUCACUUUUUCUAAAAAAAAAACAAAAAAAAAACCGAUUAUUUUACUUAGCUACAUCC